UCACAGUUUUGUCACUGCGCACACAACGCAGCACCAGCAUGGAUCCACCACGGAGUUAUAAUCUUUUUUCCAUUUCAGUCUUCAUUCCAAAUGUCUGAUGCUUUUUUGGAAAGUUUGCCCGUUGUUUGUCAGACCGGUUUGGAUACUUUCAAGGAAAGAAGUAACAGAAAGCAAAAGAGGAGCGAAAAAGGGUUGGAUGGCUGAUUCUUGUUACAGCAAGUAAACAGGAGAUUGGGAUUGACAUGAGGGUAAGAUGAAGUGAUUUAUUUGGAAGGGGAGAUUCAGAGGGAGGUUGGCAGAGAGAGAGCGAGAAGGCAGUGGGAGGGAGGACAGAUGCAGGGUCCAGCCCUCUGAGACAGCAGUUUGCAGAACAUCACCGGACACUGACGUGAGCGGGACGCCGCCAGUUAUUCUCUGAAACUAGACCUACCUCUGAUGCCACACACACACACACACACACACACAUUCAUUCCUCCAUCUGCUGCCCAGAACCUCUGCCUUCUGAUGAUCCAACAGAUCUGGUGUGGAAAAUGUGGGAUUAAACUUCCUGAGGCAAUGCAUUGGAGUCCAGACUGUUUGACUGAAUGACUGGAAGAGGAAACUUUCACCCGAUAUCCGUUUCUGCGUCUGGACUCUGUCCUCGACUCGGUGCUGAUAGCCCAGCGGUCCAUGGUGGUGGUGAGCGAUGUGGGUCUGACUGAACUCGGUACACAGAUGCCUGCCGCUAUGCUCCCGUGCUCCGCGCCAGCCGGGUCGGACUGGAGCUUCCAGAACCCGGUGGGGGUGGACUGCAGCUCGCCGGAGCCGCGCUGCAUUUGGGUGGCCGUUCUCCACGGAGCGACGAGUCCAACGCCGCGCGCUGAACCGGCUUCGCCCGGCCAAAGCUCACAUCAGCCCAGGGCUAAGGGGCGGAGGGAUGGUCACUCCUCAGCAGGUGACAACCCUCGGCCGCCGAUGGCGUCCCGGCCGGAAAGGGAGGGGGUCGGCGUGGGCUGGAAGGGCCCCCGGACGCUGGUCCUCCAUAAGAACUCCCAGGGUUUUGGUUUCACGUUACGCCACUUCAUCGUUUACCCUCCAGAGUCUGCUCUGCACACCAACCUCAGGGAUGAGGAGAACGGCAACGGGAAGGGGUUUCAGAAAGAGCGACUGGAGCCGAUGGACACCAUAUUUGUGAAGAAUGUGAGAGAAAAGGGUCCGGCCCACAAGGCGGGUUUGUGCACAGGGGAUCGUUUGGUGAAGGUAAACGGCGAGAGCGUUCUUGGAAAGACUUACUCACAGGUGAUCGCUCUCAUCCAGAACAGCGAGAGUGUGUUGGAGCUUUCCAUCAUGCCAAAAGAUGAAGAUGUGCUUCAGCUGGCAUACUCACAAGAUGCUUACUUGACCGGGAACGAACCCUUCGCCGGGGGAGCUGAGAACCUCCCGCCACCGCCUCCCCUCUGUUACCCACGCACCAGGACUGCCCCCCAUCCUGGAGCCCCGCUUUCCUCCCCCAUGGGCCAGAACCAGCUGGAUAACUGGAGUUGCUGGCCGGGGUCUUCAAGCCCUUCGUCGCCCUUAGAUAACAGAUCUGGUGUGGCCAGCCCAGCCAGCUGGCAGGAGGGCCGGGCAGGUGAGCCAGGUGGAGUGGGUCACAGCAGUCCAGCGCACCGCACAGAGGAGAUCCAGUACGGUAUGACCAGCCAGCAACCUCAGGGUCAGACCAGGAGGCGCUCUUACUCUUCGUCUUCCUCUUCUGGAGGUCUUCUAUCCAGCCCCCUGCAAGUCCACUACCCCAACCACCAGAGUGCCGGGUCUCAAGCACAGCCUCGCAAGUCCAGCACAACCUGGACCAGUCCACCUAUGGCUCCUGUCCGCCACAGCCGCAGCGAUCGCUGCCAGCAGGCUCUCUCCGACUGGUACUACAGCCAGCAACCCGAGCGGACAGGACGCAGCAUGCAAACCCGCCCCCGCAGCUACUCUCAAGACCGGCUCAGCGAGCACAGGAGGCAGCAGCAGAGGGCAGGUGGCUGGCCACACAGCGCCUCGCAGGACACCCUCUUCCUACUGCAGCAGUCAGGGCAAGGACCUCAUGGUGAGCCCUAUUGGUCCACCGGAGAUUGGGAGGCAGGACACGAUAGGGGCCGCCCUGACUACACCCGAACACGCUCUGAAAAUCUGCUGGCCCAGUACGAUCGCCAUGGCCGCUCAUUGGAGAUGUUGGACCGAGCAUCAGCUGGACUGGUUUCGCCUCGGUCUGAGAGGCACCCGUGGCCCCAACAAGCCUCACAGCCACCCCACAGGACUGAUGCCUACCCAAGACCAAGGUGCCACACAGUUGUGGCGCAAGCUCCUUCAGUGCCUCGACCGUCGCAGUCUAAACAUCACCCAAAGCCACAACCAGACCCCUCCCAGCCUCAGCAGCCCGUCCUCCAGAGCAGGCGGCUUCCUAUGGGGCAGGCCAUGGACGAGCAGCAGGUGGGAUAUCGCAGCUACAGCCCGUCUUUUUACCGCAAGACAGGCCGCAUCCUGCAGCAAGCUCAGUCUUUCAGGGACCCGUCUUACUCUGGCCCCCAUUUGAACUGGAACCCAGUCCCCAAAAGCGGUCCCACAGAGGGAUCGUCAGCACCUCUCAUUGCCUCUGCCUCUAUACCCCUCGUUUCGGUCUCUCCAGAAUCCCAGGACAGGCCACACAGGCCGACAAACCACGAGAGGGAACGAGGGACAGUGGAGGGACAGGCGGAGAUAGCGGCGCAAACACAGGAAGUGGUGUUGAGGCAAAAACCCCCUACUGGGCGGAGAAACGCCAACAGACACCCUCACUACGGCAUAACUAUGGACGAACUAGAACCCUCAUUGUUUUCUCCAGAUCCCAAAGACACAAAUGUUCACUCUGGCUCUACUGAAGAUGUAGCCCCUCGGAAAGCAAAUGGCAACCUUGCUCCCCUUUCUUUAGAUGACGAUUCCCUGGCCUCUAUCCCAUUCAUAGACGAGCCAACCAGCCCGGGCGCUGAUUUGCGUGCCCGCCACGUGCCGGCCUCCUCCGUCGUGUCCAGCGGCAUGAGUUCAGCGCCCCCCGUGGGCACCAGCCCCGCCUCCCCCACCUUCACCUUCCCCCUCAAUAGGCUCUUCUCACACGACUGCACCAUCACCACGGAGCGAUCCAAGUCAUGCGAUGAAGGACUCAACACGUUCAGGGAGGAACGGGCCUCAAGGGUUCCAAAAAGAGUGAAGAGUUUCUUUGGAGAUGGGUCUCUGGACAUCCUUGCCACGGCGGAGGAGGUUCGGUCCAAACGCCACUCCACCUCCGAACUGGGAAACAUCACGUACAGCAACAUACGGCGGGAAGGAUGGCUGCAAUUCAAGCAAAUCCUCACAGAGAAGGGAAAGAAAGUUGGCAGCGGGAUACGGCCGUGGAAGAGGGUGUAUUCUGUCCUUCAAGCCCAUUCGCUGUUCCUCUACAAAGACAAGCGGGAGGCGGUGUUUCGCGGCGCCUCGAUUGAGGGCGGGGCCGAGGAUGAGCAGCCAAUCAACAUCCGGGGUUGCCUGGUGGACAUCGCAUACAGUGAAACCAAACGCAAGCACGCCCUGCGGCUGACCACCCAGGACUUCUGCGAGUACCUGCUGCAGGCGGAGGACAGGGAGGACAUGCUGGAUUGGAUAAAGGUCAUCAGAGAGAGCAACAAGAUGGACAGCGAGGAGCUCGGAUCCUCCAGACAGGCUCUCAUCAACAAGAAGCUCAAUGAUUACAGAAAACAAAGUCCAACAUCAAGUAAGCCAGAUUCGUCUCCCCGGAUGCACCGCAUGAUGCCUCCGUUCCUCCUCAAUAAGACGGAAAACACAGCUGGAGCGCCGCGUUCCCCAAAACCAGAUGGCAAAGAUGAGAGCAGCCCUCCGAAGUCUCCCUGGGGAAUUAACAUCAUGAAGAAGUCAAAGAAAGCCGGACCCAAAGCGUUUGGUGUGAGACUGGAGGAAUGUCAGCCUGGUAUCAACAACAAGUUUGUCCCAUUGAUCAUUGAGUUCUGCUGCGGUUUGGUGGAGGAAAUGGGCCUGGAAUACACCGGGAUCUACCGAGUUCCCGGGAACAAUGCCAUAGUUUCGCUGCUUCAGGAACAGCUCAAUAAGGGCGUGGACAUCAACCCUGCAGAAGAGAAGUGGCAGGACCUCAACGUUGUCAGUAGUUUACUCAAAUCCUUCUUCAGGAAGCUUCCAGAGCCUCUCUUUACCAACGACAAGUACAACGACUUCAUCGAUGCCAAUCGGAUGGAAAAUCCAUCGGAGCGACUGAAGACCAUGAAGAAACUGAUCCGAGAUCUUCCAGAUCAUUAUUAUCACACUCUGAAAUUCCUGAUCAGCCACUUGAAGACGGUUGCAGACCACUCCGACAAAAACAAGAUGGAGCCUCGUAACUUGGCUCUGGUGUUUGGGCCUACGUUGGUUCGAACCUCUGAGGACAACAUGAAAGACAUGGUCACACACAUGCCCGACCGCUACAAGAUCGUUGAGACGCUUGUACAACAUUGCAUCUGGUUUUUCACAGACGAGCUCGACAAGGAUGAGAAGACACCAGUGGACACAGAAGACGUCCAACCCGCCCCCAACAUCGACCACCUUCUGUCCAACAUCGGCAGGACCGCUCUGCUCGGAGAGGCUUCAGACUCAACCAACAGUGACUCAGCUAAAUCAAAGGGAUCAUGGGGGUCAAAGAAAGACCUCACCGCCAAGGACUUCCUGGCUCUGUCCAUCAUGUCUGCCGUCACAGGCCGCAAGCGAAGGAAGCGCCACCUCGCCCGCCGCUUUGGAAGCAGCACUGAUGACGACUCAGAGCACGAACCGGUGAAAGCGGGACACCUUGGGAUGGAGGGGGAAGAGGAGGCAGAGUCGCCAGGGGGAGACACUGCUCCUUGUGCUGAGGGAGAAGAGGACGAGGAGGAGGAAGACGACGACGAUGAGGAGGAGGAAGAGGAGGAAGUUGUAGCAGGUGGAGAGAAAGAGGAGGCAGAAGAGGAGGUGGUAGCGGUCGUUCCCAGUCGGCCGUGCUGUAAAGAGGAAGAGGAGGAGGAGGCAGGAGCAAGGCAGACAGCUAUUUUGUUGCAGGACGAGGCGGUGCAAGCGGAGGAGGUGAAGGGCCCGUCGUGGAGAGCGCCAGAGGACGCUCGCUCCAUUGUCUCCGGCUACUCCACCCUUUCCACAUUAGGGCGAAGCUUGGGGUCGGAGGGCAGAGGCGACGACGCCGACGAUGAGCACAGUGAGCUGGUGAGCGAGACAGACAACGAGAGCGGCUUCGUCUCGCGCUCCCUAACCCAGGAGAGACCCAGCAAACAACCGACGAUGCCCACGAACCAGCCGCCAUCGGCACCUCGCAGCUUCCUCUACUCCCAGUGCAAACCGCCGGUCCUCUCGUCCAUGAACCUCCUCGCCCCAGGAACGCUUGCCGUUGACUCAGCCGACUCUGUCGAGAGGAGCGAAGGAGGCGCGCGCUCCAACACGCCUUCCUCUUCCUCCUCCUCCAACGCUCACAGGCUCCACUCGCGGCCUUCCUUCAACUCCCACAAGCUGAUCCAAUGCGACACUCUUGCCAGAAAGAAACUGAAGUCAGAGAAGACCAAGGUCCGCUCCCUGGACCUACCGGAGUUUCAGGUUGAGGGGAUCGGCUCUGUGUCCGACAGCGCACCAAAACCGAAGCGAGACCCCUCCAGAACGAACGCUUCCUCCGGCAGCAGCCAGGAAAGCCUGCGCCUGUCCCGGCCGAGACCCGCCCUGCCGCCCAGCGAAGCUGCCUCCUUCACCCCAACCGGCCCAGGCAGCAGGUCUCUAGCCGAGCACGUCCGGGCUCGCCUGCUGGGCUCUGCCGACGACCUGCGCAGUGUGGGGCUGCGGAAACCUCCAUCACCCGAGACACGGAGGAAGAAACGAGCGUGGCGGAGACACACCGUGGUGGCCUCCCCCACCGAGACAUCCGACAAGAGACCCCCACUGAGCGUCAAUGAGUUCCCGCUCUCCCGUGUCAACCAAAACCAGGUGAAAACUCAAGGAGCAGACAGCCUGGACCACGAACCAGUUACACGCCAAGCCCCCACCUCCAGAUUCCACCAGUACCUGUGAAAACCUCCAGGUGCGAUUCAUUUUGGCACGGCAAGGGGUACCCCAGUGUUGCCAAAGUUUUAGGGGGUUUUUUUCUUUGUUUUUUCUUAUUAAAAAAAAACUUUCCUGUGCAUAGACGAUACAAUAUGGCUGUGAUCCACAUGUUAACCCGUGCGCAUCAUUUGCUAUAUGGAGCGCACAAGAUAACAUGUGAUGCACACCACACUGUAUCUUGUGCACUUAUUAGUCUACUUUUAUUUUUUUCAACGUCCCUUUACCGGCUUCGUAUAAGACAUAAACAAAACUCUUCAUUAAUGGCAAAAAUCCACAAUUUAGUAAAAACGGGCAUCCCUUCCUUCCCGACUCACAGGAGAGAUGCUCUCAAUUGGUCACAGGAGGGCGCUGUUGUGCAGCUUUGCUCUGGUUGAGAAAAAAAAUGGUGCUUCUAGCUAAUUCAGCUUAAUGGUAAAUGUUACAAAAACUAUCAUGCAACAGGAGUAAAUUCAGCAGAUUUCCUUUUAUCCUGCGACCAGUCUUCCUGACCUCACUCACUGUAAAACUCCCGUUUUUAGUCCAACACAUGGACCAGAUGUCUCUCUCUACUUGUUAAUAACAUCUAUGAGUGUUUGUGCAGAAAUGAUCACGUUUUGUAGCAUUUUGUACAAAGCCUUGUUAAGUUAACCUAUGUAAAUAUAAAUGUUUGUUUUCACCUGUGAUCUUUUUUUUUUUUUAGUUAUUUUUAUAUGGUUUACAAAACGUGCACAGAGUGCAGUCAUUUCUUUCAAGACGUUACUUGAAAUGUUUCCCUUAAUAUAUUAUUUUUUUGUUUAUAUUCAAUAUAUAUUAUAUAUUUUGUAUUAAAGUAAAAAAAAAACAGUACUUUUAUUGUUCAUUGAACCUCUUGAGCGUACCUGUUGGAGGGAGAUAAACACAACUAAAGCUGUUCCUUAUUUCUCCAUAGAUGGCCUUUCUGAUUCACAGCACUGUGCAGACUACCUUUAUCUCCUGAGAUACUGACUUUUUAAUGAAAGCUAUCUACUUUAAACAAACAUCCAUCAAAUAAACUAUCUGGGGAUUGCAUGUAGCAAGUCUAGCAGAUCCCUUUGGGAGAGUUUGCAGCCACAUCGGCAUGCUGACGGCUGAGCUCAUCGUUGUUUUCGCGUUACCUCAGAUAUCAUAUAUUUACCUUUUUAGUUUGGGAUCUUUUUUCAGCCCAUCCCCACUGAGCAUUCAUCUGUCGGCAGAGUUUUUACCUUGGGGGAUGUGUCUGGCUGGGAGUUUUCCAUAAGGUCAGGUUCUUAAUGAAUCCUAACUGGUUGAAAUGGUACAAUGGAGAAACUGAAAACAGGUCUGUGGAAAGUGUCCCCCGCCUCACACAUUUAUUCUGUUUCUCCUUUUUGUUGCAGCUGAAAUUUGAUAAUAGAAAAUGUGUACCAUCAUAAAUAACCUGAGAAAACACAAGAAGCAAUUUUUCUAUAAUGGUUUAAUUUAUUAAAGGGAAAAAGUAUUAAAUCCUACACCUUAGUUGCAUCAUAAAACGGUGUAAUUAAUCCUGUUUUGGUCCAGUUUCUGUAACCCUGAAGAAAUCAUUUAAAACAAAACAUAGAAACAAAUAUUUAAAAGAGCAACUUGCUCUGACCCAACUAAGUCUUUGACAUCUGUCAGUCUGGAAAUCCAUUUCUGAGCCUGUGGGACUGCAGUGAAUCACAUUAAGAGCUGUGAACCACAAAUGACAACUUGGCAAGAACCUUUCCCAGGAGUGACUGAUCUACCAAAAAUUAGUCCAAUUCAUGACUCAUCCAGGAGGUCAGACAGGAUCCAAGAAUAACAUUUAUAGCACUGCAAUUGUCUGUUAAAUUCAAUGUUUGUGAUUUAAUAACAAAGAGGUUAAUUUAAUGGGCAUCAUUGGGAGAGUUCCAAGACAGACACUGCUGUCCAGAAACGACACAAAGGUUCAAAUAAUAACGCGAUGAUUCCCAAAACAUUCCAGAAAAUGAGUGGAACUGUUCGGACUUUAUUAGAAUAGCAGAAAUGUAUGCGACAGUCGAAUACAGGGGUGGUAGUGAGACGUCUUGCGCCUGCUUUGCUGAACCACAAAUUUUGCUCUCUGGGGAUUACAUUUUCUAAAAUAUUGCCAAACAGGUUUGGGUUGCUCUUUUCUGUUAAUAAAUUAAAUCCUCAUUCAGGGGGAUGAAACGGUUGAGAUGGUAAGAAAGCCACCUUUAAAACUGCUUUUUGUAAUUAAUUUGUACCUUAAUAUAAAACAUCCAAAUGUGACCAAAAACAAAGAAAUGUCUAAGAUGGGAAACUUUUUCACAAAACUAUAAUAAAGUCUUAUGUUUUAAAGAACCACAAACAACGUCUCUGACCAAAUAUUCCAGUGAAGAAUGACGAUAAAGUUCUAGUUUUUUCUUACCUCGAGAUUCUUCUACAAGUGCCUGAUUUUCUGGAAUGUGUUUUUCUGCGGUGCCAUGCGCAGGUCUCGUCUUUUUUUAUUAUUAUUAUUUCAUUUUGUUGUAUCUGGAUCCCCUCCUUUCUCCCGACGUGGCUGACCGACCCAAAGACGUGUACAUUAAACUCCGAGUGGAAAACUAAAAAGCACACUUCAAGCCAAGGACGCAUCUAUGCACUCCCUUCACCUUCAACAAGAGGCGCUUAUAGCAGCUGUUACUAAUGCUGCUAAGAGAAGGAAAUAAUAAAAGGCAUAGAAAUCCCUCAGCUGCUUUUGCUCCCCCUCCUGAAACAAACUGAGGUCAUGUGAAUAUGGUACACCUAACAAGUCCUACCCUGAAACCACUUUAGGUCACGCCAGAUAUCAAAUUUCCUAAAGAUGAACAAACCUCAUCUGUUGUUGUGUGAUGUACUGAAAUGUGAUUUUAUCUAAUGUUUAUUGUAUUUUAAAACUAAAUUGUUUUGUACAUACCUUAAUAUGUAACAUAUUGUAUUGUGUACAUUUGGAAUUGAUUUUGACUAUAAUUGAUAACUAAAAAAAAUGAAAGAAGAAAAAAAAAAGCUUGUCCGCCUGAAACUAUUUCCCUUGUGGCUGUUUGCUUCAAAGCAAAAGGUAUAUGAUGUAAAUAAACAGAAAUAUGUUUAAAAGA